UUCAAACUGAAAUGACAAGUUGGUGAUAAAGCACGGCAAAUCGUUGAACAACACCAAAAUUGUUUAUUUCACUAUCACCGGUAAUUAUCAGAAUUUUAGCCGCCGAAUUUAAAUUAACAGUGAAUGUGCGGGAAAAAAUUAUAACUCUACGCAUAUUAUGAGAUAGUUAAUUUCAUCUUACUGUUUCGCAACGCACAUGUCUGUCACAAUGCCUAAACGAUGGUAUCGGUCGAGGAGGAAUCAAAUUGUCAUUAUAAUUUUCAUAGCCGCCUCUAUAUUAUACUACAUAAGUCUCUCUGAUAGUUUACAAAGGGAGCAGAAUCUUGAUAUUACGAGACGUAGAUAUCUGUCUAGCGAUAAGGGAUUGACAGAUCGUCCACUUGAUUUGAAUAAUAGACAAUCUGUUAUUGAGUAUAUUGAAAAACGAUUAGAACAAUCUCUGAAACUGGACAAGGGUUCCGGGUGUGAGAUACCCAGGUUAGAUCCAUUCGCGAAAGAAGUCACGCAGUUUGAUAAGGAUAUACCCAAGGUUAUGUGUUUGGGAACGGAUUGGGUUAAAUGUUACCAUUCUAAAUGUAGGGUAGUUCCUAAAAUAUUAAGUACAACCAAAGACAUAGUAUGUUCAUACCAAGACAUAAUAUAUGAGAGUGAUCUAAAAUAUACAAUAGGACCUCCCGUAGAGGUCAGAGGGGAUAACGAAUAUGUUCUCACUAAGAGCGAUCACGUGAAGAUUAAGUGUUCGGGAAAACAUAGAGACAGCAUCCUUCCGUCCAAAUGGACCGGGCACUCGAUCGGCUUCCGGUCCACUGUUCACCCGGAACUCCCCCCACCAGGGAGGGAAGACUCCUUGAACGUUCUCAUCCUGGGAUUUGACUCCACCGCCAAAAACGGAUUCAUACGAAGAAUGCCGAAGAGCUAUAAAGUUUUAAAGGAAAUAUUGGGAGCUACGAUUUUGAAUGGGUACAAUAUAGUAGGCGAUGGGACGCCCGCCGCCCUAUUCCCGAUCCUGACGGGGAAGACAGAGCUGGAGCUGCCGGACGUGAGGAAGAAGAUGAAGAACAACAGAACCUUGGACUCCAUGCCCUUCAUAUUCUAUAAGUUGAAGGAUGAAGGUUAUCGUACAGCGUACUUUGAAGAUAUGCCCUGGAUAGGAACAUUCCAGUACAGAUUCAACGGCUUCAGGAACCAGCCCGCGGAUCAUUACUUGCGUGCUUUCUAUUUGGAAGAAUCCAGCAGCGGCAAGAAGUGGUGGAAAGCCAGCCAGAACAAGUACUGCGUGGGAGACACGCCGCAGUAUAAACUGAUGUUGGAUAUUACGGAUCAGUUCCUUCGACUGGACGGCAAACGUUUUGCGUUCACUUUCAUAGCGGAUAUAACUCACGAUGACUUCAACAUGAUAUCUAUAGCGGAUGAAGACACCGCGGAGUACCUCAGACGGUUCCAUGACCGGUACAGAGAAGAUACCUUGUUGAUUGUUAUGGGGGACCAUGGACCAAGGUACGCGAAAGUCCGAGAUACUCUCCAAGGAAAACUCGAAGAGAGAUUACCACUCAUGGCGAUCAGACUACCAGACAAACUGACGAAGAGCAGACCAGAGGCGGAGAAGAAUCUGAAGAACAACGCGGAAGUGUUGACGACACCUCACGACAUAUACGCCACGGUCUUAGAUGUUAUGGACUUGACCCAGUUCACUAACCCCUACAAAGUUAAAGGCGCCGACCUAACCAGAGGACUUAGUCUUUUGGAACCGAUACCAAAGAACAGGUCGUGUAGCGAGGCCGGUGUGGAGGCUCAUUGGUGUUCCUGUCUGUCCUGGCAGAACGUCUCGGACGAUGACGUCAUGUUCAGUAGGACGGCGGCCGCACUGGUUGACUUCAUCAAUCAUCUCACUGAGGAGAGGCGGUCGGUCUGCGCGGUGCGCACGCUCAAGUCGGUGUCGUGGGUGAUGCGAGCGCGGCCCAACAGCGGUGUACUGACCUUCGUCGAGGCUCGCGAUCAAGACGGAUAUGUCGGCAAGUUUGGUAACAGAGUGAAACAGACCAGGGAAAACUACCAGCUCAAGAUCGCAGUGGGACCUGGCCACGGUAUAUAUGAGGCGUUAGUGACUUACGUCAUUACUGAGGAUAGAUUUGAAAUAAAUACGAGAGAAAUAUCACGGACUAACGCUUACAACAACGAGCCGAGCUGCAUCAGCGACACUCACCCGCACCUCAACAUGUACUGCUACUGUCGUCACUAGACUUCUGCAACAAAAUAUUGUCUUGCGAUGUUUCAAAAACUUUCAAUAUAUGAUAACCUAAUACUGCAUCAAUGAGUGACGUGAUUCUGCAGGCGACUCUGAGAUAAUGCCCUGCUGUGAUUGUUAAUAUGUAUCCCCUGUCUUGUACAACUUAUAUAAUACUGUAUAAUUGGCACAAAGUAUUGUUUUUGUGACAAUGUAGAUGAUAUUGUUACUAAGUAUGUAUUCAGCGCGUGUGUCAAGCGAGCACCUGUGCUAGCGUACCUGGGUGACCCGUGGAUAAAGUAUUAUCGGUAUACGUCAGUGUCUCUCUUAUUUAUUUUUAUCAAUAUAAUGACUCGGUAAGGUGAUAAUAAGUUUUUAUUUUCAUUAUGUACAAAGGGAUACCAAAUAUUUUGUGAAUUUGCUCGUACUAAGAAUCUGUUGUCUUAAUUUUGGUGUCGUUUUUAAGUUCCCUAUUUUUCUUAAUAUUCCAUUUGUUUUUUUGUGUAUUUUCUCUUAUAUUAUAUAACUAGUAAUUUAAACCUAAUUUCUAUUCUAGUAACAUAUGGUUAUAUCGUAUGUAUGAUGUUAAGCUGAAAUUAUUAUUUACGCCAUCUACAUCAUAUAUCUGGAACUUCGUUGCAUAGUGUGGAAAGUGCGGACAACGAAAAGAGAUAAUUUUUGUAAACAAGUUGUAUUUGAUCUCCUUCUCGCAUUAAAUACAUCUAGCUUACCUCUUUAUUGAAAAUUUGUGCUACCACAUUUUGUUUUUGAUGAUAUUAAUUGUAAUUUUGGUAAAUUGGAAUUACACUAAGGAAUAUGUUAUCUGUUGAUUCCUACAGUCUUUAAUAAUAUAAAAUUUCACGAAAAAUCCCAGUCACCAAUACAAUUGUCAGAUUUUAAUUUUAUUUUUGCACACAUUGUAACCCAAAUUUUAUUUCGAAUACUGUAAGGUGAAGUAGUGUAUAUAUAAUAAUACAAUUCUGUUGUAAGCUGUCUUAUAACAUCGAUGUUGUAACGCUAACCGCGAGCAGCUGAUGUAUAAAGAGUAGCGGGAAUUAAAUAAUUAUUUUAAUGUUUAAGUUCCUUAAAACAUAAUAACUGUCCCUUGAUGUGAUUCGUCUAGUUUUAUUUACAUCUAGUCAAGUUAAAAUCUUGAGAUUUUUGUGUUUUGUUGUUUGAAUUCAAAUAAACUUGGUUUUGAAAUCGAA